UGGCAAUAAGCCACGACCCACUCCUCCUCAGCACAAUCGUGCGACUCAUCCGGGACCCUCCAAUGGCCGGAGGGACCCAAAGGGAAAGAGAAAAGGCCCUCUCCAUGCGCCCGAAUCCCCAAAGGGGGCCAAGGAUACGGGCAAGGCUGGGAUGGUUGCCACUGACCAAACUGGGAAGGAUGCUCAUCCUAACCAUCCUAAGCAGUUGGCAACUGUUGAGCACAAGGCCAAGACCUCAGGCUUUAUUCCUAGAGAAACCCUUCAGUCGGCCUUUAAGGCAAAUCACUCUUUCUUUAUUGUCCUCUCCCCUGAGGCAGAGGAUGAGAAUAAGCCCUCCACCAGUGAUCCCCAUAGGUCCUUAGAUCUUCCUUUUUUAGACGAUGAUGGCCUCCUUGCUGAGGAUCUGGAGCAUCCAGAUGCCUCGACCAGUGGUACGUUCAUUCACUUAGUUGAUGACAGCACUCGAGAUGCUGUUCAUUUUUCUGUCCAUUCAUCUAGCCAAGACCGCUCCCUGGAGAUGAGGACAGCUCCCGACACUGUUCCCCCGAAAGGGGAAGAGCCGACACAUCUCCCUUCUACUGAGCUUAGGAGCUCGGCUGGGCAUAUAGCUAGUCUCCAACCACACUCUGUCGGCGAGCACCCAAGCGCUCCGCCGAAUGGAGCCUUUCUCCAUCUCAUCCCUGAGCAGACAUGCAGAGCACUGCUCGUUCUCGGUCCUGGUAAUGGUAGUCCCACCGACUUCUUCCCCUCCUCUAGAGGCCUUAGACAGGGUGAUCCCGUUUCCCUAUCCCUUUUUGUUCUUGCGGUGGACUACCUCUCUCGCUGCCUUGACGGCUUCAUCCGCGACUAUCUACAGAUGACUUGCAGCACCCGUGGCUAUGGUCCUCUCAUCUUGCACCUUUCUAAUGCGGAUGUCAUCAUCAUCUUCACCCAGGCAGAUGAUGAUGGGUUGAUCGAGCUUAUGCACCUUCUGGAGCACUAUAACUCGGUUAUCGGCCAGUUGAUCAGUGUGCAGAAGAGCACCUUCACCUUCUCCUCCUCCAGCGCGGACAGGUGGGCUCAGCGAGUCCACGAGAUUACUGGCUUUGCGCGCAACGACCUUCUCAUUACUUACCUUGGUGCCCCUUUAUAUAAGGGUCACCUCACGAGAGCACUCUUUGCGGACAUUAGAAAGAGGAUGAUCGACAGGAUCUCUAAUUGGUCGCUUAGACACCUUUCCUUCGAGGGUCGGCUUGCGCUGAUCAAGAGCACCCUUAUCUUCCUUCAUUUACUUAUGGUCCUCGACUUCUCUAGGUCUACUCUUGACGAGAUUAACCAGAUCAUGGCUC